AUGUUCGACCUAAUCCUUUUCCUUAAAAAUAGAUUUGGAUAAAAUAACAAAAUAAAUUUGUACACUAAUAGAAUCAAUUUGUUUAAGGGCAAUUAGAAUACAUAUGUUUGCAAUAUUCUAAAGAAGGAAAGUACAAAAACAAUUUAUUUCUAAAUUGAAGAUAAUGAUAAAGUUAUUUCAUCCAAAUUAAAUCAGCAAUCAUUCUAAAGUUGCGUAUUUUAAGAAAAUGACUCAGUUCAAUAAGCCAGCUAAUAUGAUUAAUAAGAAUUAAAUACAAAUUAAAUUAUAUAGCAAUCAUCUGCAAAUACUUAUUUAGUAUUAGAAAGUACCAAUAAUACAGGUUAGAUUGGUUAACUUAAUUCUUAAACUAUAAGUAAGUUAAACACAUAAUCUAUUACUUCUAAUUAAAGUAAUCAUUCUUUCAACGAAUUUAAUCAAUAUUAUACAGAUAGUUAGAUUUGUUAAUUAUAAGAUGGGGCUAUGAAUGGAAAUUAAAAGGAAAGUGAUAUAGAGAAUGCCUUCAUUCUGUUACAAAAAAAGUAUGUAAGCUUAUAAUAAAAAUUUAAAACUCUUGAAAAUGAUAAUUAAAGACUAAAAUCGCAAAAUGAAGAUUUAUAAAAAGCUUGUGAGGAAUAAAAAAACGAGAUCCUUAAUCUAAGAAAGAGGGUAGACAUAAAAUUAAAAAAAGAAGAUCAGAAUAUAUAGAACACUUAGCUAUAAGCUUCGAUUGAGAAUUUAAGAAAUGAAAACUUUGAACUAAAAACGAAGAUAUAAAAAAACGAGAAAAUAUACUUUGAUUAGAAAUCGAAUUAAGAUAAGGAAAUUUUGGAAUUAAAUAAAAUAAUUAACGAUAAAGAUAAUGAAUUAAAUAAGUUGAAGGAAUAAUUAAAAGGACUUCUUAAUCGAAUUGAAAUUGAAUAACCUAAAAUAGAAAAAUAGAUACGAGAAUAAAAAGUAGAAUAUCAAUCUAAUCUUAAUUCAACUUAAUUAAAUUAAAACGAUAUCGAAUUAAACAAAGAAUAAGAUUAAUAUAGUUGCAAUAAAUCUUUAAGAGAGCCUUAAAUUAAAAGGUAAUAGUAAUAGUAAUAACAAUAAUUAUAAUAAUUCUAAGAUAUAUAGUAAAAAGAAUAAACAGUAUAAUAAUAAAAAUAGAAACUAAUAAUUCAAGAGAUUGAAUAAAAAGAUGAAUAUUUAACUUAAUGUGGACAUAAAAUAUAAUGGCGAAAAUUAUAAGCAGAAAUACGUUCUACCAGUAAUUUGGGUAAACCCCUUAAAUGUCCAUAAUGUUUGAAAAUAAUUGAUUUGGAAUAUUUAUAUAAUAACAAGACAAAUGUAUAAUUAGAAACUACCACUUAAAAAAGCGAAGAUCAAAAAAAAAUGUAAAUAGCUUGA